AUGCAUGGCAUGCGCGGCCACCCUAGUGUUCCCUAUCCGGAACUUAAGUUCUCUCAAGUGGCUGGAGUGUUCGGCAAUCUCUCGUUAGCCUAUGGUGCCGGUAUCGUUAUUCCUGACCUGCAGCGUCAGCACAGCGACCCCAGUCGCAUGCCCCGAGUUGUUGGCAUCACUAUCGCGUUUGCUUCAGUUCUCUUUCUAGUUCUCGCCAGCACGGCGUACUCUGUUGUCGGCUGCCAGAUCUCGGGCAACUUGUUGUUCACUAUUUACCCGGAUAGCGGCACGGGCCUGACCUCGUUGGGUUUCGCGUCCGACUGGGGAAUGGUGGUGCUCGCCUACCUGUUCAUGCAGCUGCACAUCACCAUUGCCUUCUCGGUCGUCCUGAACCCGGCCUUCUACCUCGCCGAGUUUGUGGUCCUGGGUAUGCACAAGAAACCCACCCAGGACACUGAAAGUGGCUUCGCGUUUGAAGAGAACGCUACCCCCGCUGUUGACACAAAGAGCGCGGACAACGCUGGACAGCCGAAUCGUCGCUCCAAGAUGUCUUUCGUGUCGGUGGCUAACUCGGAGCGCGUGCACGACAAUGAAGAGGACGAGGCUGCGGAAUAUACCGGUUCCAACGUCAUCAAGUACGUGAUUCUGCGUAUCGUGAUCAUCGUCGUCCUAGUGAUCCUCGCCAUCGUCUUCAAGGACCAUUUCACCGAGUUCGCCGACUUUGUGGGAGCCUCCUGCAUCACCAUGAACUGUAUCUUGCUCCCGACUGUCUUCUACCUCAUCAAGGCGUGGGGUCGCAUUGCCAUCUACGAGAAGGUGGCAGCUGGCAUUGUUCUUGUGGCAUGCUCUUUUCUGGGUUGCUACGUCACGUACACGGCUGGUAAGGCACUGUUUGCCCCCACGGAAAACGACGCCCAGUUUCCGUACUGCCACGCCGAUUUCGAGAACACCAUAUACUACAACUACACGGCGGCGCACCUAGACUAA